AUGAGCACUGACGCUGCAGAAAAAGUCAAAGAAGGUGUCAAGGCCUACUAUGGUAAAAAACUAAAGACUUCGGAUGAUCUUCAGACGAACGCGUGCAAGCUUGGUGAUAAACAGAUGACUCCCGCCGUGAAGAGCGCAUUGAAGCUUAUUCAUGAUGAAGUAGCUAGCAAGUAAGAAAAUCACACUGUUUUAACUUUUUAAGCUAAUCAAUAACGGGGAGCCGUACUGUAGAUAAAACUUUUCUACAAUUUCUUUUUCGGCGGAGUCACGAAAGGGACAUCCACGCUUCGCUGGUCCGUAACCGUCCGCCAUAUUAAAUAACUGAAUUUUGCCAAUAGGGACACAACUCAUAAUGAUUCAACAUGGCGUGCUGCCUUAAAACGCUAUGGAUCUUCUUUGUGGUUCGUAUUUGGGAUAAAAUGUGGUUGAAGGAGGUCAUUUUCCAAACUCUGGAUGUGAUAAUCCAUCUACUGAGGCUGAAAGUUAAUAUUGCUCAAGAGUGUAUAACACGGAUAUCUCUCUGUGUAGGAGGCUUUACUUUCAUCUGAAUUACAGGGUAUAAACAGCUAUUUAUCCUUUGGGUGUAUUUGAGAGAUAUGUUGACCAUACACACCUUAUUGUUGGUAUGUUAGUCUUACUAGAUGCAAUUGAGCUAUAAAGCUUUAUAACUUGAUUGUACGACUCGUACUUCACCAAUGUCGUAAGUGGUACUUGAGAUACAUGGAUUUAGAUUUGUUCUCUUCUACCUCGUAUUUAUAUUAUUACUGUAUAUAAACUUGGGUUUGAGCUAGUGUUUAUUUGUGAAAGGUGACAUAUGGUUUAUGAAUUUGCAGUUUGGUUUGCCAAUGUCUUAGAUCACAAUCAGUUUGUCAAUAAAGAACUGAUUCAUGCUUAGUUUGUGUAUAUUUAAUGAAAAGAUUCCAAGUUGCCAUGUGUCUGUUCAGUAAUAGAUCACAGAUGACGUCAAAGUGUGGUAAGAACAAAAAAAGUGGCACAUGAGGUGCAGCCAAGUGUGUCACUUAUGUUCUUACCAAAUUUUGACAUCCUCUGUGAUCUAUUACUGAACAGACACACAGCAACUUGGAACCUAUUUGUUUUAUAUAAAAAAAAAGAAUUGAAAAAAUUUUUAAUGAUGAUGUCAUCUAUAUGUCUGUCCUCCAAUCAGUCAUAAGCGAGAACCAAUCAGAAGGCGUGCAUAACUGAGCUUAUUAUAUAAUAAGUUAUGGAUGUACGCAGGAAUUUUGGAGAGCAUGAGAGAAGUGGUAGGGUUCCUUGAGGCACAGUCAAGAACAACUCUAGCUUCUUAAGUGCUUUCCAAACUUCCCAAGUGUAUCUAUAACUUGAUAUAUGUACAUUUAAAAGCACGAACCAAUUCUUUUAUAACAUAGCAUACAGACACAAGUUCAUUAAAACUGUGUUGGGUGUACCAGAAACUGUGUUCUACCUGAAAACUAUGAGGAAAAUGAUGUGGCAAAAACAAUCAAAAAAUAUUUCAAGAUUAAAUCUUUUCUGCACAGAAGCAAAAAUUAAAUAAUUUUAAGUUAAAAUUCAUUAAGCACAACACUUACAAAUUUUUUGCAUUUAGGAGACCUGUGUGGUAGAUUUACCAUAGGUCUAUCUUAAUUGAGAUGGAACAGAAAAAAAAAUUUUGAAAGUUUUGAAACCUUGUGGCUAAACUUAACAGGAACUUUAAGCUGAAGUGAAACUGCACAUGUCAUGUUAUGAAUGCACAGCUGUGCAUAUAUAAGGAUUUUUACCAUAGUAGCUCCAUAGGAAUUAGGUAGGACUCGUGCUCAUUACAAUAUCUUUUGCUGUCACAUUAUGUGUUUGUUCCUUGCUUUAAAUUACAGCCAUUGAUUAAAAAAUAUUACAGGGUAACGUUGUAUAAGAAAACCACAUGAAAAUAAUACACUUCACCCAUAUACUUUGCCUACAAGUUGAUUACCACAAGGGAACUUAAAGUUUGAUACAACUCAGUCCGUUGUAAGCCAACCAUAUGUUUAAUGUUUACAGUACAGAGUAUGACACAAUUGACACAACAUGACCCUCAUCAUUUUUUCAAAGGAAACUUGGAGUCAUUUGAUUGCAAAGUUCCAUGCUGGAAACUUUUAAAAAACUUAUAAAACUGUUGAUAAAAUAUUUGAUUAUGUUUCAACAUUGCUUCAUGUCAUUAUCAAGUCAGAAAACAAAAUGGCAAGUGGAAAUGUAUUAAGGGGUUAAAAGAAUGGAAAGAAUGGUUUUUUCCCUCAUCCCCAAAGGUGGAAUAAAAAUAAAUCAUUUGGAAUAAAAAGAAUGUGUCAAGUAAAAUGUUUGGCAAGAAUUGAAUCAUUCUCUGUGUUCAUUGAAGGUUUGAUGUCUGGAAUUUAAAGCACUUCAUGGAUCAAACAGUCAAACUGCUGGUAAAUUUUUUUGAGAACUUUAAGUUAAAACUUGAUAAUAAGGCAAAAGUUAAUACGAAGAUAUGUGAUUUUGUAUUUAAAUGGGCUCAUUCCCAGCACCAAUUAAAAUGAAAAAAUAGAUAACUUUAAAAAAUUAUCAAAGUGAGUUUGAUUGUCUAGACUUCAAAAUUAUUUCAAGGGCUUGACCUCUAUGAGCUGAUCUUUGAGGAGACAGUACUAAAUCAACUAGUAUGUCAGCAAAUUGACCUGAGACAAUGGCAAACCAAUGUAUGGAAUGGCCAUUUGGUUGUUGGGGAAACCACUUUUAGGCAUUUAAAUCUCUGCAAUUCAUCCUUAUAUGUACAUUAUGUAUGUGGUGCAUAAUUUGCCAAAUUUCUGUUUGGAGCAUUUUCUAACAGAAGUUAGUGAGGUUAGCAGAAUUGUUUGUUUAUUUUGAGCAAGCACUGUCUCAUGAGGACAGGGUUCAUUUAGAGCCAUUUCUGAUUCUUAGAAAAUAGGGAUGGAUAUUUCUAAAUCUAUUUUCAAGAUGUGGAAAUAUUAUGAGAAUUGGAGAUAAAGUGGUGAAAAACUGGAGCAGGACUUUUCUUAGCUUAAUUGCUUAAAUGCUGGUUUUCAGAACUAAUAGAAAGGUAGAUUAAUUCACAUAUUUCAGUAACAAAAUUUUGUAAGCACAAUCAAGUACAGUUUCAGUGUUUCGGUAGAAGGAUGUAACUUAAAACCUUGUGUUUAGGAAUUGGAAAAAAAAGUUUAUUACCAGGCUGAAAAAUGCCUUGAAUCUUGAUGGUAAAAGGCUGUCUCCAUUUUUUUGUCUGGUCUGCAGUGAAUUGUUGAUAAAAUAGUUCAAAAUUUGCACAUUCGAUCAAAAGCUCUUUGAACUCCCAUCAAAUCUUGGUCCACAAUCCUUAUGACUGUCUAAUGUAUCAUGGGUUUGUUAAAUUUAUGAUCAAGACAGAAAUUCUCUAGACAAUAUCACUACAAUAUCAAACAGAUAAGUGACAAAAAUAAGAAAAAAUAUCAAAUGGCAGAAACAUCAUAAGAAUUGUAUGAGUUAAAAGGUUGAAAGGUUUGAUGCUGGAAAUAGCACAUUUUCAAGGGUAUGCUGAAAGAUGUUUUUAAUCAUACUGUGCAAUUGUAUAGUCUAGAGUAUGGGGAUUUUUUAAAAUUUGUUUGGAACUUUUUUACUUGAAUAUCUCUGUUGGAGUGCUAGUCUUAUUGCACAAUAAAACGAGAUUCUAACUCUAACCAAAAAUAAUAAAGAUUCUUAAUCAUUGAUUUAUUUUAGGUUUUAUGGAUGUGGUUUAGUGGCCCCAGAAGCCCUUGAUGGCAUGAAAAUCUUGGAUCUUGGAAGUGGAUCGGGUCAAGAUUGCUUUGUACUCAGUAAACUGGUUGGUGAACAUGGCCAUGUUACUGGAGUGGACAUGACCAAAGAACAGGUAUGCUCUAUAGUCUACCAUGGUACCUGAUAAUGGUCCACACUCACUAUUUUUUGGGUGCUAGCUAGGAGCACCAAAAGAAACUCAGAAAAAUUUGGGUUGCAUUUAGAUUUAUUUUACUUGAGAAUUUUACGUGCCUGCCUCAUCUUCAUUAUGUGUGAUCCAACUAACUUGACUUUCAACCAUGUUAAAUUUAGGUUCUUAUACAAACAGUAUACCAGGGCGUGAAAUUAACUUUUUUUUCUGAUAGCCACUUGGCUCCUAAAUUCUUCAAAGUGGUACCCAAUUCAAAAAAAGUUGGUCGCCAUUUUCAAAGACAAACAAAAUCUUUCUUUACGCUGUCAGCGUUCUAGAUAGACCCUCCAAAAUUAAGUUAGGGAAAAGAUCUUUAAUGUGCUACAAAGUGGACACUAGGAUGUAUGAUAUACAACGUUCAGGCUCAUCUAAAUCCAAGAUGGCGUCUAGUUAUCGAUCGAGAUGCAUGUGCUACAUUUUGGAAACAAACUUAACGAGGAAUGAUUUUGCAAAUUUAUUUAAUUCACUAUAUCUCUUAGUAAGGUUAUGAUGAAACAAGUGGCCAAUUUGGUGACAAACUUUCAGGAUUUGGUCGCCAAAGUGAAAAAUUUAGUCGCAUUGGCGCCUGUAUUCAUGCCCUGUAUACUGUACAACCAAAACCAAUGUUUCACAACAGCCUUUGAGAACAAAUAAGCCACACUUGCAGAUAAGCUGCAUUGGCAGAUAAGCUGUUCAUUUAGACCUGUUCUUCAGAGUUUGAACAGAACUCCUUUCUUCAUAUUUUAAAGAUGGAGAGUGAAACAUUUUGAAAGAGUAAAAGUACAUAUUAAAUCUUUAUUCAUUUAAUUGUUGCAUUUUGUGGGUUUUUAUUAUCAUUAUGAAAGAUGAUUAAAAGGAGAGGAAACAAAUUCAAGUUAUAAAUUUGUGAGAAUCAUUAUCUCUAGAAUUAGAGCUGUUGGUAGGCUUACAUGUAGUUUGCAUGAUGGAUGUUUGAAUGCACUUAAGACAGCUCUGAUGGUACACGAAAACACUUACAGCUGUUUUUGAAUGGAGCCCAACCUACAGGACUCAUGGGUUUAUAGUCUGCACACUCACCAUGCACCUAUUUUGCUGAAUUGCUCAUUUGUCUUAGGUUUCAUCCUGGUUGCAUCUGUGUUUUGUUUGUUCAUAACACAGGCAAAACGGGGUCAUGCCUGUGCAGUGAUUGAAGGAAAUACGGGAGGGUGUUCAUGUGGUUUCAAUCUGCACUGUAUUGGAAAACUGCUAUUGUAUUUCACACAUCAAUAUCUUUUGAUUUUAUGAUGUAUUACAAAUUAUAUGCUGUAACAUGUUUGUCUGUUGCUGAGGGGUUAGAUUUGUUUACAUGUAUCUUGCAUGCUCUUCAUUACAGUAUUAGCCAAGGUUUGCCAUGCAUAUUCCAGAUUGCUUCAAAUUCUGGAUAUCAACUUACAUGUUGGCUGCACCUAGUGUCAAAUCUGUAUGAAUACAUCAGUAGAAUUCCAUUCAUGUUAUCCCUUGUAUUUAGGUGGAUGUUGCCAACAAGUACAUCAAAUAUCAUGCUGAUCAAUUUGGAUAUUCUAAACCAAACACUGAUUUUAAACUUGGUGAGAUGGAGCACCUAUCUGAUGUAGGAAUACAGGACAGCUCUCUGGAUAUUAUUAUGUAAGUAAAAAAUAUCUGUGACAUGACAUUUGAGUAUUCAGUAUAGAAAAAUCAUAUACAAUAAUAACAACUUGUUUUUUGGAUUUCUUGUCACUUACAAAUGCUUGGAAGUUAAAACCUAAAAAAAGAGAAUUUAAAAGAGUUUCCAUAAUGAAAAUCACAUGUAAUAUGAAAACAUAAUCUGAGUGAAGACUUGAAAAAGAACUUUGAUGACUCAAUAGCUACUAUGCUCAUCUGACAUUCUCAUUUUACUUUUCUCAUCUGAAGUUCAAACUGUGUUGUAAACUUAACAGCAGACAAGAGUGUUGUUCUCAAAGAAGCUUACAGAGUUCUUAAGGUGAGACAAUGCUCUAAACAAGUUAACUUUUCAUACCCUAUUAUCAUUAUCAGUAUUCUACUUACUAUUCUCUAUACACUUGCCAUGGUGCUGACUAGAAAGAGUUGUUUAACAGUAGAGAGAUUCAUAAUUGGGAUCACUAUCAGUAUCUGGGCAACUGCCUACCUACCCCUCCCCUAACCCAACAUUAACCCUAACUUGUUAUCAAUUGACUGUUGUUGAGUUAGGGGAGGGGUAGGUGGGCAGUUGCCCAGAUACUGACAUUGAUCCCAUAAUUGUAAGGAGAAAUUAGAGGCUGGUCAAUCUUAAGGGUCAAAGGGUUGGUGUUUUUUGUAUCGAAGAUGUUGAUGAAGAUUACUGAUGCUGAGGUCUCAUGUGAUCUGUUUAGGAUGGAGGGGAGGUUUACUUCAGUGAUGUUUACACUGAUACAAAACUAUCUGAGGAAGCCAGAAAAGACGAAGUACUUUGGGGUAAGUGGCUUAUCUUUGUUUAGUCCUUUCUAUUCAUACUGUUGCAUGAAGUUGAAAUCCAUUUCUUUCUUGCGGUAGAGAGGAAAUUUCUCACCAUCUAUUCAUUGCAAAAAUCAUGUGGGGCUUUUGGAGACAACCUUAAUGUUACUUUUCUGUUUUAUCUGCAUAUUAUUAUUAUUGUUUUAAGUGACGACGUUGAAGAGCGGGAGGUAUUAAGUGCAUGGAGGUUGGGACCUUCAUAUUGGGUAUAAUGGAAAGAGGCCUUUGUAUGUCUCAGGAUGAGAAAUAAAUUGACGCACCUUUCACAAGAAUAUACUGUCAGUUAUUUAGUUAGGGACUCUCCCAUGUACCCAUUCUGUAAGGGUGCCGUUGAGCAGAAAAUAAGCAAGAGGUUGUGACUUUUCUUCUGAAAAAAUAGUAUGAAAUUAAUGGAGCUACUACAACUCCCAAGUACACGAUUUUUAAUAUAUUAUGCUCUGUUAAAGAAUUUUUUAACAUGAAAAUGUUGGAACAUUUUUCCCUGUGAGACUGUUAAUGGUUAGAAGUCUUACGUAACAAUUUGCUAUGUUAAGCUAGUUACUCCAUCUAUCUUUUUUGUGCCGUCAGGUGAAUGUGUUUCAGGGGCGUUACACUGGAAAGAGCUGGUCGAACUGAGCAAAGAAGUAGGAUUCUCUGGGCCACAUUUGGUAACUGCGAGACCUUUUGUGGUUGAAGAACACCUCAGAAAACCACUAGGUGAGUGCCUUUUUUCAAAAUUGAUAUCUUUACUGAUAUUGAGCCAUCAAAAGAGCAGGGUUUCUCUGCUUAAGCAAACAAUUCAUUACUGUUGUCUGACUUAACUAGUAAAUAAGCCGACUUACACAGAAGAGUAACUUACCUGACAGGUAUUACCUGAAACAUCAUGGGUUUUUUUUUCUUUUUUUUCUUCCAAUAUAGGUGAUGCUCAGUUUGUCUCAGCCACCUAUCGUUUGUUCAAAGUUCCUGAAAGCUGUAAGACAGAAGCAUCCAGAGUGACAUACAAAGGUAAAGAGAGCAUAGAGCGGGCUAGAAUGUCGUAGACGUGGUUGGACAAAGGGAUGAAACAAAGAAGGAAAUUUCAACUAGCCUAGUGCUACAAAUCAAUAGUUCUUUCCAUCACAAUUCUUAUCGUUUCAAGUCUGAGUAAUAUAAAAUAUUUGGAAGUGUUUAAAAUACGUCUGAAUUUUAAAAUCAAAGAAACAACUGGUUUCGAAAUGGUCGCGCACUGACUUUGGUCGUGGGGGAUUAAUCUGGCUCCAAGAAUGUUUAGACUAACAACGAAGUGCUUGAGACGAGAACGAAAUACUGCAAUACUGCGCAGCCAAAAUAAAAGGACCUAAAGGUAGUUCGAAGUUCGAUGGUAAGCUGAAGUAGUUGUUUGCGAGUGAGAUUGUGGUGAUGGGUUCAAAUUCCUGUAGGACGAAACCUGUGGUUAUCGUGCAAAAGUCGUAUAAAUCAAUAUUUGUCGUAUGGUGAUCGCUGCACCCGCGGCGGCUUUAGAUAGAAACAAAUGUAUGUGGAAGCUGUGAGCUAUGAGGUAGUUACUACUUAAAAAAGUGCUCUACCCACAUACCGGUAAUGAGUUUGUUACGAUUUUCUUUUUUUUCAGGCACUAUUGAGGAAAGCCCAGAAGAGUUCAAGUUUAAUGUUCACAACAUAUUGACGGUAUGUUCACUUCUUUAAACUGAGUUCCCUUUUUCUCUACAUUCGAACACGAAAAAUGAUUACCCAGGAAAUGUAAUAUGAUGUUUCCAGUCACAGACAGGCAUAACCAGGAAAGAAUCCCGCGUACUUUCGGCAGCGGUCCAUUCUAUGGCCUUUUUGAUGCGUUCCACGGAAACUCUGUCUCUGAAUUCAAGGGGAAUCGUUGUUUUUUUGGUGGAGUACGACUUUGUAUUUACAACAAGGGCACAUUUUUACCAAAAAUUUUCUUGCUACUCAGUUUUUGAAAAAUUAAUGGUUUAAACUGCGUUUUUGCAAUCUAAAGUUAAUGCCAUGAGCUCUAAAUAAAAUUUCUGAGAGAGUGAAGGCUAGCAAAAAAUUUUUCUUGGGCUGAUUUACCUGGAAAAAAGGACACAACGUUAUGUUAAAAAAACUUGGUCUACCAAUGACCCAUUACGACUCCUACCUUAGUGAUGUUGUUGCACCUUGGCAGUUAGAGCUUCCCUCUCCCGAGAAAAUGUUUUAUAGUGAAAAGGUAAGAACCAGAACGGACGAGUCUCUCAAAGCUCAGGAGUAUAACAUCUCAAGACCUGAUCCAGGGAUCCGAGUCUUUGUUUUAAAACACGGAAUUGGUUUCCCGAAUAUCCACUCGUGCCCAACUAAGAAAAUUAUCGUUUUCUUUAACCAAGUAAAAAGAGGCCAUUAUGUGAUUUCCAUUAUUGCGGCUCAUUUGAUUUGCAGAAAACACCUAAGGAUGUUUCCUCUGAUGUGGCAAGUGUCCUUAGUGCCUCACGUUUUUCGAAGCAUUUCGAAUUCCAACCGCUAGAGCCUGGAACCACAGCUCCUAUUGAUGACGUGUACAUCGAAGCGGAUCCGUUUGCGUAUUGUGCGUCAAACAAAGUGGCGCCAGGAGCAUGUUGCCCCAAACCUGCCAAACCUGUUGAGCAGGAAAACGGCUGUUGCCCGAAACGUGCGAAAACCGAUAAUGAGGCUCGCUGCUGUUAA